CCGAAUAAGAUUCUCUCUCAUCAGCACCACCUCUCAGCAUCCAUUUCCAGCUAAACGGAUUCUCCGGAAUAUUUGUUUUCACCUUGACGACGACACACACACAGCCCAAACAGCGAUGGAUACCUCCGGGAAAGAGAAGGAGGCGAUGCAGCUAAUGGCUGAAGCCGACAAGAAGGUUAAAUCCUCCGGCUCAUUCCUGGGGGGGAUGUUCGGGGGGAGUCACCACAAAGUGGAAGAUGCAUGUGAGAUGUACGCCAGAGCAGCCAACAUGUUCAAGAUGGCCAAGAACUGGACUGCUGCUGGUAAUGCGUUCUGCCAGGGGGCCCGGCUCCACAUGCAGCUGCAGAACAAACUGGACUCAGCCACUAGCUUCGUCGACGCAGGGAACGCUUACAAGAAGGCUGAUCCUCAGGAGGCUAUCAACUGUCUAAAUGCAGCCAUCGAUAUUUACACUGACAUGGGUAGGUUUACUAUUGCUGCCAAACAUCACAUCACCAUCGCAGAGGUGUAUGAGUCUGAGCUGGUGGACAUAGAGAAGGCGAUCGCCCACUAUGAGCAGGCAGCCGAUUAUUAUAAAGGGGAGGAGUCCAACAGUUCUGCUAACAAGUGUCUGCUGAAGGUGGGCCACUACAGUGCUCAGCUGGAGCAGUAUCCGAAAGCCAUUGAGAUCUACGAGCAGGUGGCCACCAAUACCAUGGACAACCCCCUGCUGAAGUAUAAUGCCAAAGAGUACUUCUUUAAAGCCUCCCUCUGUCACUUCAUAGUGGAUGAACUCAACGCAAAGCUGGCCAUAGAGAAGUAUGAGGAGAUGUUUCCUGCUUUCGCAGACUCCAGAGAGUGCAAGCUGCUGAAGAAGUUGCUGGAUGCCCAUGAGGAGCAGAACUGUGAGGCGUUUACUGAAGCUGUUAAAGAAUUUGACUCCAUCUCUCGUCUGGACCAAUGGCUCACCACCAUGCUGCUCCGUAUCAAGAAGACCAUCCAGGGAGAUGCUGGAGAUCUCAAAUAAAGAGAGAUAGAGGGGUGGGUUGGGGGAGGAUACAAGAGGGAGGGAUAGAGAAAAAGAUGGCUAGGUAGAGAGAGGAUGGAGAGAGGAUGGACAGAGAGAGAAGGAGAGGGAGAAAGGGAUGGAGGGAGAGAUAUAGGGUUAGGGCAGUGGUGUGAAGGGAGACAGGUCUCUAUGCGUUUGAUGUGUUCAGUGUAAAUAAGUCCAUGGCUCCUGCAGUCUAUCGUGUCUUACCAUACCUUUCCUCACACUCCUGUCAAAAACGUUAUCCGUUUCAACUUAAAAUAGGAGUUACCCAGCUGAUGUAAAGUUACAUCAACUUAUCAAGUUGAGUUGACAAAACCAGGGAACAAAGGAUUAGAUACAUUAUAGUAUACAAGUUCAUACAACUUUAUAUUUUAGGUCAGUGGGGUACACUUACACUCAUGUUUUUAAGUUGAAAGCCUUUUACAGUGCAUGUCACACUUAACCUUCCUAACCUCUCCACUGAAUGUCUUCCCUUGUUUGGGCCCUGUAUGUUCAUGUUUUAAAGUGUAGGGCUGUACAGAUAGUGUGUGAAAAGGUGGUGUGUGUGUGUGUGUGUGUGUGUGUGUGUGUGUGUGUGUGUGUGUGUGUGUGUGUGUGUGUGUGUGUGUGUGUGUGUGUGUGUGUGUGUGUGUGUGUGUGUGUGUGUGUGUGUGUGUGUGUGCCACGCACACAAUGUAUCACAUUGAAGCCAAUAUAUCUGUGCCAGUGCUGGUUGCUGUUGUUUUUGUUGUUUUGUGUGUGUGUGUGUGUGUGUGUGUGUGUGUGUGUGUGUGUGUGUGUGUGUGUGUGUGUGUGUGUGUGUGUGUGUGUGUGUGUGUGUGUGUGUGUGUGUGUGUGUGUGUGUGUGUGUGUGUGAGAGAGAGAGAGAAACAACCAAAGGGACACCCCGUUCUAUUCAUUCUAUUUCUAUGGUCCCCUUAGAUAUGUUUUCCACCCCUAGACACUUCCCCUAACCCGAUACACACUUAUGAUCUGAAAGGAUUGGAUAGGUAUAAGCACACACAUAUCCAAUCCUCUCAGAUCUACACAUGUGUUCAGGGUCAGAGGUUACAGGGUUAAGGCCAGAGAUUAUGGGAAGUGUCUGUAAUGUAGUGUGUGUUGCUGUGGUGUGUGUAUUCCUCUCAGCAUGUUGCCAUGGUAAUGAUGUGUGUGUUCAGUGUUGUGUGCAGUCAAAUUACAGGUUAUCACACAUGUUCAUGAAUUACCACACGUUUGUGCAAAAAAUGUACUAAAAAUAAAACUUCCAACAAACUUG